GUAAGAAAAAAACAUCAUAUCGAUAUCAGGAGAAGCAACUUGUGCAAAAUGAAAACACCAAAGGCAAAAGAAUUAAAAAAAGAUGAAUUAAAGCCGAUUAAAAAAGAGCCCGGCGUGGCAGAGGAUGGCAAAGUGAGUAAGAAAUCAAAAACGAAGCCCAAGAAGAAGGCGGUCAAAGUGCCCACGGAGGAGGUAAAGGCCGCUGUCAAGGAGAGCCCCAAGAAGCUAUCGUCCAAAGACCUGGCCAAGAUCGAGAAAAAGAAGGCCAAGAAGCAGGCCCAAAAGCUGAAGAAACAGCAGAAUAAACAGAACCCAAAGGAGGUCAAGAAGGAACCGGAAGCAUCGGUAAAAGUUGAAGGAAAAGUCAUCAAGAAGGAACCGAAAGCAUCUGUCAAAGUUGAAGGGAAGGUUACUAAGGAGGAGAAAGUAGGAGCCAAGACGGCCUCAAAUGUGACUAAGAAAGCCAAGGCCAAUAACAAGAAAGAAGAAGGUGUCAAGCGGGAACGCAAUCCCGCGGAUGAAGCAGCCACCGUGUUUGUGGGCAAUCUGCCCAUCAACACCAAGCGCGUCCAGCUGAUCAAGCUCUUCCAGCAAUAUGGUACGACCCAAUCCAUACGGCUACGCACCGCCGGAGGCAAGCAGCUCUUCAAGCACAAGCAGCGCAAGGCAGCCGGUUCCCUCAAUGCCUAUGUGGUGUUUGCGACUCCGGAGAUUGCGCAGCAGGCGCUGGCCCUUAAUGGCACACUCUUCAAGGACAAUCACCUGCGAGUCACUCCAGCGGCUAAAGCGGAAGGACAGGGCAAGGAUGACCAGCCCAGUGACAAGGAUGCCAAGCGCACCAUUUUCGUGGGCAGCCUCAAAUACUCGGCCAACGAGGAGAAGCUGCGAGAGAUCUUCUCCAGUUGCGGCGACAUAGACUACAUUCGCUGCCUCCAGGACGGCGACAAGGGCUGCAAGGGAGUGGCCUACGUCUGCUUCCAGAAACCAGAUGCCGUGGGCCUAGCUCUGGAGCUCAAUCAGACCCUUCUGGACGACAGGCCCAUCAAUGUGGAGCGGUAUCAGGUCAAGAAACUAGGUGCCAAACAAGUGCGCGACGCUGCUGCCGCCUCGGCUGCAUCCAGCACAUCCUCAAAGACCAAAGCCAAGAAACAGAACUCAGCGGGUGCCAAGAAGCGACUGGACAAAAAGAAAGGCAAGGAGAACGGCACGGCGGGAAAAGAAACCAAGGGAGCGGCAAGCGGGGGUCAGAAGAAAAAGUCGGAAUAUCGGGGCGUGAAAGUCGACGGCAUAAAGAAGGCCAAGAAGCCGAAGAAGAAGACCAACGACCAACAGACUGCACUGGCCAAAAAAAUAGCUCCAAAACCGAAGAAUUAAUAUCAAGCCUAGGUGUAAAGUAAAAUGUAAGUUGCAAUGCAGUCGAGGAAAAUCCAUUUGAUUUUGUGUUACGAAGUUGACCACCGGAUCAGUAAAGGAUACCCAAUGAUUAUGUUGACAAAGUAAUCGUUGAAAGAUUACUCAAUACAAAUAAACAGCGGAUUUUUAAAAUUGUUUAAAA